AAUAGCGCUCGACGCUUAUCGAGGGGUCGCUUGAGUGUUGGAAAGGGCUGCGGACGCUUACGAUUUGCAAAACAGAAAAUUACGACUAAAAGCAGCGCCCCGCGAAAAAAAGGCCAUGAACUCGGCAACCAAGGUGGGGGAGAUUUUCACGGCCGCCGGACAGGCGUUUAGCAGACUGGGCGACCUGACCAUGCAGCUGCAUCCCAACGCGGAGUCGCCAUCCGGGAAGUGGACGGACGAGGAGAUCGACAUGCUGCACUCGUCCAUCAUGCGCUUCUCCGACGACCUGACCAAGAUCAGCCUGAGCAUCAAGAACCGCACCGUCUCCCAGAUCCGCCAGGCGCUGAAGAAGAAGGCCUUCGAGGACGCCGGCAUUCCCGCCAAGCAAGUGCCCGUCCAGCAGGUGCAACACGUGCUCCAGACUCUGCCGCCCCAGCAACCCCAGCAGCCGCAGCAGACCCUUCAGCAGACACCUCCUCAAGUAUUCAAAUCGCAGCCCAUCGUUCAGCACGUGCAGCUGGUGGCGCAGCCCAAGCAGAUCAUCCUGCAUCCACAGACCACCACCACGACGGGCACGACGGUGACGGUGAAGCAGUACCAGCAGAUGCAGAAGGCGGCGGCGCUAGCGGCAGCCCAGGCUGCUGCCUCGGCGGCAAACAACACGCCCACCAUCACGGAGAACAUCAUCAUCCAGCAGCCCACGUCCACCUCGGCGACAGUGGUGCAGCAACCUCAUGUGGUGUCCACCUGCUCGUCGACGCAGAUCGUGGUGCCAGUUGUGCCGGCGGUGUCCACUGUGUCAACAGUACUCUCGCCCACAGUGGUAAUUGCCGAUGACGUGGUGAGCACCUCCAAUCCUCCAGCGACGACGACGUCGACAGUGGGCUCCCCAGCAGGGGCGCCAGCGGGCCUGAAGUGCGGACCUGACGUGUCCAUGACCCUCAACCGCAUCAACGUGCAGGAGAACGAGGUGGACGUGGAGGAGUGCCUGCCCGCCGAGGUGGUCAAGCUGGACUUUGUCAGCGAGGAGGUGGCCGGGUGAGGUACGAGCCCUCGGAACGGGCUGGAUUUCUUCUACUAGAUCUCCAGCCACAUAACGAAUCACAUAACUUGGAACAGAACCGCUACAAAUCUAGAUCGAGAACUCUUAAACAAAACGGUUGAGAUGCCGCCCUAGCCCUAAGCCUAACAUGUUAAGUGUUGUCAUAUUUGAUAUACCUUGAAAUCACCUUGUUCCCGGCCCCGAAAGACAAAUGGAUUGUGCGAAGUGGAGGAGGAGUCUGUGAAUAGCCAGCCACAGAGCGUAGAUAUUAAUUGCGGAGCGUGUAUGCUGCGCCUAGACUUAAAUUUACGCAAGACACAAUAGUGCAAAGUACAUAAACGACGAUCGUGUAAGUUGAGAGUGAAUAAACGAGCAUUAUUUUAAGGUCCACUGA